AUGUUUCUCCGUUUUCAUUUGGCUGCGUCCGAUCAUGAUGAAGGAAUCGUGGAACUCGCUUUUCAAACAACAGCCACGAUUUUUGAGAAAUAUUUCUCCGCGACCAUCGACUCUUUCCAAGAUGCCGUCAAGUGUCUCUCGGAAUUCGCAUGCAACGCAAGUUUCCCGGACACGAGUAUGGAAGCAAUAAGACUGAUACGAAAUUGCGCCAAAUUUCUUUCCGAAAAUCCUGUGAUAUUUAAAGACUACGGAGUUGAGAAUGCUGGUUAUCAGAGCAGGACAGAAUCUGUGUGA